AUGAAAUUAGAAUUACUACCGAAUGAAUUAUUACUUAAUUUAUUUGAAUAUUUAACAAUUUAUCAUAUUUUUCAAGCUUUCGAUAAUAUUAAUAUUCGUUUUCGUACAUUAAUUUUAAUUUACUGUCAAAAAGUGCGUCUUGAUUUUCAAUCAAUAUCAAAAACAAAUUUUGAUAUUAUUUGUAAAAAAUAUCUUCCAUUAUUCAAUCAUCAAAUUCUAUCACUUCGUCUUUCCGAUGAUGAUAAUACACCACAACAAAUUAGUCUUUUUCUAUCCUAUGGUUUACAAUUACAACAAUUUACUCAUUUACAAACAAUCUAUCUAUCACAUAUUCAUUCUUCAUCUAUACUUAAUAAAUUAUUAACUGAUUGUUUAUAUCUUCCAUCUCUUACACAUUUUACUUUAACUAAUUGUCAUAUUUCAAUCGAUCAAACUAGUAUUGAUCAUUUAUACAAUCAAAUUUGGAGUUUACUAGAAUUAACUUACUGCUAUAUAGAUAUUAAUUUUUCGGAUAGAAAUUAUUUUCCUAAACCAACAAUAAUAUCUACAUCAUUGAAAUC